CAAUCAGAGCAGCCUUUUACCAUCAGAGCUACCUGUCAGUGUCCAUCAGUGCCAGCUCUCAGUGCUCAUCCAUGCCACCUGCCAGUGCCCUUCAGUGCCACAUAUCAGUGCCCAUCUGAGAUGCCUUUUAGUGUCACCCAUCAGUACCAGUCAGUGCUGCCUAUCAGUGCCAGUCAGUGCCGCCUAUCAGUGUGCAUUUGUGCUGCCUAUCAGUGCCACCUAACAGUGCCAGUCAGUGCCGCCUAUCAG